CUACCCCGCCAUUGAAAUUCUCCCCAUUUUCUUAUCUUCUUACAUCGAUCUGCUUCUUUAUCUCUAAUUUCUGUACCUAUAUAUUUCAAUUUCUGGUCGGAAUUCCAUUUGUCUGUAAGAAUCUAAUCAAUUUUUCAUCGAUUUGCCUCUCAAUUAGAAAAUUAGGGUUUCGGAUUUUCGACAAAUCGUCAACAGUCUUGUCUUCAUAAGUUAGUGCCUGAUUUGAUUUGAUAGAGCACUUCUCUUGUCUUUAUACGUGUAAUAAUACAUGACUGUCCUCUCCCCUCCUCUUAAGUAAAUUAAUAAAAGCUUCAGAGAUAAUAAAAAUGGCCGAAAUUACUACAUCGGACAACCUCAGUAGCCGCCGGAGAUCAUGAGGAGAAAUUACAGCUCGUUCAGGACUUCGGGAGCCUACACAAGUCCCGGGACCCCCGAGCACUGCGAAGACCAGAUCAUUACAGCGGGGGAAAUCCCGAAAACAUGGUGCUCCGAGAGGGUCCCCUUGCCGGUGCGGCGGCCGGCGGUCAGCGCCGCCGCCGCCGCCUUGCUGCCCUACAGCGCCGCCGGCAGAACUCUGCCAUCGAAAUGGGACGACGCCGAGCGGUGGAUUACCAGUCCGUUGGAUUUCAAGAUUCAGCCUCAGAGACGGCCCAAGUCGAAGAGCGGUCCGUUGGGGCCGCCGGGGAUCGUGUUUCUGCCGUCGCCGGGGGCCGGAAAUGUGAGGAGUUUCUUGGCGGCGCCGUCGCCUCUGACCACCGGAGUUUUGGUCCCAAACGGACUAACCGUUCAUUACGAGGCUGGGAAUGCUGCAAGAUCCAAUUUUCUGUUCGGUAAUGAAAUUGUCGAGGCCGGCGCCGGCGCCGGAGACAGAGACGCCCCUGUUCCGCGCCGCCGCGAUGUCGCCACGCAGAUGAGCCCCGAUGAAACCAGUGUUUGUUCGUCGCCCAGAGGAACGACGUCGUUCUCGAAUUUACCGUCGGCGGCGCCGGCCGGCGAUGAUCCCGCCGGAAAAGAUGAAGUUAGGGACGUCGAAGUCGACCGGGGCGCCACAAUUUUCCGGCAGGGCAAGAAACGUUCGACAAAUUCGACUUGGAAUAUUAACGAGGAAUUAAAUAAUAAUUCGACAAAAUUCCAACGGGAGGUAGCGAAGAUCGCAGCGUGGGAGAAUUUGCAGAAGGCAAAAGCCGAAGCAGCCAUUCAUAAACUUGAGGUGAAGUUGGAGAAGAAGCGAUCGGCUUCUAUUGACAAAAUAAGGCGCAAGCUUGUCGCGGCGCAGAACAGAGCCCGCGACAUGAGAGAUUCGUUGUCCGAAAAUCCUCGGAUGCGGUCUCGUAAGAAACUCUCGAGCUGUAUUUAUGUCGGGAAGUUUGGAUUAUUCUUACCUUGCUUUAGGAGAAGAUAAAUCAUGUCCAAAAUCGAUCGGGAUUUUUCGGGGACUAAAUACGUUUAGGAUCAUUUUGUAUCAUUGUAUUUACAUUAGUCUUUUUAUAGUUCUUGCAUUUCAUUAGCUCCUUUUAUGGACUUAGGUAGCAUAUUGAUAUAUUUUCUAUUUUUCAUUCGCCAUAAUUCAAUAGUUCUAUUACAUUAUUA